UUGUGCCAACUAUAAAGCACAUGACUGCACAGGCCGCACCAUGCUCUCCCUGCUCCGCAGACCUCUGCUCUUUGUCCCCCGCUCCGGUCGCACCAUGUCCGGGGUGUCUCUGCGGGUGUCCCCGGGCCGCUGUCUCUAUGACGAGCCUCUGCAGCUCCAGGUCCGCGGUCUGAGCCCCGGGCAGGACGUCAGUCUCCGCACCGCUCUGACCGAUGAGGCCGGGGAACUGUUCACCUCCGUGGCUCUGUACCGGGCGGACAGCGGCGGGGAGCUGGAGCUGAGCCGGAGCCCGGCCCUGGAAGGCGGCAGCUACACCGGAGUGGAGCCGGAGGGGCCCCUGUGGUCCCUGGAGCCCCAGACUCCCCUCAGGCGGCUGCUGAAGAAGGACGUGCGGAGCCCCUUCCAGCUGCGCUUCUCCCUGCACCAGGCCCACUGCCCGCCCGGGGCUCUGCUGGCUGCUGCCGCCCAGGACAGGAGCUUCAUGGGGGAAGGAGUGACCCGGGAGCCGGUGCGGGAGGGACGGGUGCGGGGGAGCCUCUUCCUGCCGCCCGGAUACGGCCCAUUUCCUGCCAUCAUUGAUCUUUAUGGUACAGGUGGAGGUCUCAUGGAGCACAGAGCCAGCCUGUUGGCCAACCAUGGCUUCGUAACUAUGGCCCUGGCGUAUUUUAGUUAUGAGGACCUUCCAGACAAUUUGGCGGGACUUCACUUGGAUUAUUUUAGGGAAGCACUGGAAUUCCUAAAAACUCACCAAAAGGUGAACAAAGAAAGAAUUGGAGUCAUCGGCCUCUCGAAAGGUGCGGAUUUGGCAGUCAGCAUGGCAACUUUUCUGCCUGGCAUUAAAGCAGUUGUCAGCAUCUCUGGCUGCAAUGCCAACUCAUUUACCCCUUUACACUGUGGGGAGUUUGUGAUGCCAUGCCUUAUGUUCCAGGGUGAGAAGAUUAAGUUCACAGAAGCUGGCGAGUUGGACAUUUCAGAAUCCAUGGACGACCCAUCGGAUCCCAAUAAUCACGAGUCGAUUAUUCCGGCAGAAAAGUCUCCUGCAGCUUUUCUGAUCUUGAGUGGAUUAGACGACAAGAACUGGCCUAGCGCCACCUACAUGGAACAGAUAGUGGCACGUUUGAGAGAUCAUCAGAAGAAUGUGGAGUAUCAAUGCUAUCCUGGGGCCGGACAUCUACUGGAGCCCCCUUAUUUUCCUUUGUGCAAGGCCUCCCACCACAAACUAUCGGGUAUGCCAAUGUUAUGGGGAGGGCAAACUAAGGCACAUGCCAAAGCACAGGAAGACGCCUGGAAGAAGAUUCAAAACUUUUUCUCAAGGCACCUUAAAGGGACAGACACCAUAAAGAGCCACAUCUAAAAUCAAAGGGGUACUCCACACCCCUAGA